GGGGCCGGGCCGGGGCGGCCCAAGAUGGCGCGGGGUCGGCGGCGCUCGCCGGCAGCCUCUGCCUGAGCGCCCGGGGCGGCGGUGGGAUUUCAUGCGCCGGUGCGACCGGCCACGGCUGGCUCCUGCGCGAUGGAGGGCGGCGAGCUGGGCGCGGAGAACAUGGAGACCCUAACAGAGCUGGGCGACGAGCUCACCCUCGGCGACAUCGACGAGAUGCUGCAGUUUGUCAGUAACCAGGCAGGGGACUUCCCAGACCUCUUUUCGGAUCACUUGUGUGGCACCUUCCAGGGCAAUGGUAGCAGUGGCAACAACAGCAACAGCAGCAGCAGUGGGACCCUGGAGCCGCAGCUGCAGCGCUCGUACAGCCAGGUGCAGCUCCAGCCCUUCCCACCAUCCCCUGCCUCCCCCCAGCUCCAGACUCUGCCAGUCAAGGUGACACAGGCUACACCUGCGGCCCCUCCACGGUCAGCCCCCCUCCUUCAGCCUCGGCCUCCGCUCCAGCCUCAGCUGCAGCAGCAGGCUGUGAUGAUUGCACCAACGUUCAGCUCUGCGCCUCCCACCAGGAUUAUCCAGCAGCCAGUGAUCUACCAGAACGCAGCCACCAGCUUCCAAGUUCUCCAGCCUCAAGUCCAGAGCCUGGUGACAUCCUCCCAAGUUCAACCAGUUACCAUCCAGCAGCAAGUGCAGACCGUGCAGGCCCAGCGAGUGCUAACGCAGGCUGCCAACGGUACCAUCCAGACCUUAACACCAGCCACAGUCCAGACAGUUGCUGCCCCACAGGUCCAGCAAGUUCCAGUUUUGGUCCAGCCUCAGAUCAUAAAAACAGACUCCCUUGUGCUGACAACCCUGAAAACAGAUGGCAAUCCUGUUAUGGCUGCAGUGCAGAACCCGGCGCUGACGGCGCUCACUACUCCCAUUCAGACCACGGCUCUGCAGACCCUUGUUGGGAGCAAUGGGACCAUUUUGACUACGAUGCCAGUGAUGGUGGGACAAGAGAAGAUGCCUAUCAAACAAGUUCCAGGGGGUGUCAAGCAGCCAGAGCCACCUAAAGAGGGGGAGAGGAGAACAACUCACAACAUCAUUGAAAAGCGUUACCGGUCGUCCAUAAAUGACAAGAUCAUUGAGCUGAAGGACCUUGUCAUGGGAACAGAUGCCAAGAUGCACAAAUCUGGAGUCCUGAGGAAAGCCAUCGAUUACAUUAAAUACCUGCAGCAGACCAACCAUAAGCUGAGGCAGGAGAACAUGGUUCUGAAGCUGGCUAACCAAAAAAACAAGCUAUUGAAGGGCAUUGACCUAAGUAGUCUGGUUGACAAUGAUGUGGAUCUGAAGAUAGAUGACUUCAACCAGAAUGUGCUGCUGAUGUCUCCUCCAGCCUCUGACUCGGGAUCCCAGGCUGGCUUCUCUCCCUAUUCCAUUGAUUCGGAGCCAGGAAGCCCUCUCCUUGAUGAUGCAAAGGUUAAAGAUGAGCCUGACUCUCCUCCUGUGGCCCUCGGUAUGGUGGAUCGCUCUCGCAUCCUGCUCUGUGCCCUCACGUUCCUUUGCCUGUCCUUCAACCCUCUGACAUCCCUCCUGGACGCCCGAGGAGCGCCGGAGUCCGAGGGGCUGGUGCGCCACGGCUCUGGCAGGAAUGUGCUGACCAUUGAGUCAGAUGCAGGUGGUUGGUUUGGCUGGAUGAUGCCCACGCUGAUCCUGUGGCUGGUGAACGGAGUGAUCGUGCUGAGCGUGUUCAUCAAGCUGCUGGUGCACGGCGAGCCAGUGACGCGGCUGCACUCCCGAUCGUCCGUCACCUUCUGGAGGCACCGCAAGCAAGCAGACCUGGACCUGGCACGGGGAGAUUUUGCUGCAGCUGCAUCAAACCUGCAGACCUGCCUGUCCGUACUCGGUCGAGCUCUGCCAGCCUCCCGCCUGGACUUGGCCUGCAGCCUGUCCUGGAACGUGAUCCGCUAUAGCCUGCAGAAGCUGGCGCUGGUGCGGUGGCUGCUGAAGAGGACUUCUCACCAGUGGCGGGCAAGGGAGGCCAACGCAGGCUUCGAGGACGAGGCCAAGACCAGUGCUCGGGAUGCGGCUCUGGCCUAUCACAAGCUCCAUCAGCUCCACAUUACAGGUAAACUUCCCUCUAGCUCAGCUUACUCAGGCCUGCACAUGGCCCUGUGUGCUGUCAAUCUGGCCGAGUGUGCAGAAGAAAAGAUCCCACCCAGCACAAUGGCAGAAAUCCACCUGACAGCUGCAGUCGGCUUGAAAACCCGCUGUGGAGGCAAACUUGGCUUCUUGGCAAGCUACUUCCUCAGCCAGGCUCAGAGCCUGUGCAGCGCGGAGCGGAGCGCCAUUCCCGACUCCUUGCGCUGGCUGUGUCACCCCCUGGGACAGAAGUUUUUUGUCGAGAGAAGCUGGACAGUGAAGUCUGCUGCCAAGGAGAGCCUGUACUGCACCCAGAGAAACCCUGCUGAUCCUAUUGCACAAGUUCAUCAGGCCUUUUGUGAGAACCUGCUAGAGCGAGCAGUAGAUUCCCUUGUGAAGCCUCAGACUCGGAAAGAGGCAGCAGGACAAGAGGAGGAGGAGCCAUGUGAGUUCUCCAGUGCCAUGGAGUACCUGAAAUUGCUCAAUUCUUUCUUGGACUCGAUGGGAAGUGGAGCCCCACCCUUUGCCAACAGUUCUGUACUCAAGUCUGCCCUGGGCCCUGACGUGGUGUGCAGGUGGUGGUCAGCGGCGGUGGCCAUGGCAGUCGGCUGGCUCAGAGGGGACGAUGCUGCCGUCAGGGCGCACUUUGCCGAAGUGGAGCGCAUGCCGAAGGCGCUGGAGCUGUCUGAGAAUGCCCUGGUGAAAGCCACCUUCUAUGUCUGUAAAGCCAUGCAGGCCUCACUGUCUGGGAAGGCAGAUGGGCAGCAGAGCUCCCUGGCGCACUGCGAGAGGGCCAGCAGUCACUUGUGGAACAGCCUCAAUAUGAGCAGUGGUGUCUCCAGCGCUGUCCUCAACAACAUGAUCCAGCUGCUGGCCUGUGACUUGCUGCUCUCUCUCCGCACCAGCCUGUGGCAGAAGCAGGCGAACACCAGCCAGGCUCUGGGUGAGACCUACCAUGCCUCAGCCCCCGAGCUGACAGGUUUCCAGCGUGACCUCGGCAGCCUGCGCAAGCUGGCCCACGGCUUCAGGCCUGCCUAUCGCAAGGUCUUCCUCCAUGAGGCCACCGUGCGCCUGAUGGCAGGUGCCAGCCCUACCCGUACCCACCAGCUGCUGGAGCACAGCUUGAGGCGACGCACACCGCAGAGCAAUAAGCAAGGUGAACUGGACACGCUGCCGGGCCAGAGGGAGCGAGCAACAGCCAUCCUGUUAGCCUGCCGCCACCUGCCCCUCUCCUUCCUCUCCUCCCCAGGCCAGCGAGCAGUGCUGCUGGCUGAGGCUGCCCGCACCUUGGAGAAAGUGGGGGACAAACGCUCCUGCAAUGACUGCCAGCAGAUGAUCGUCAAGCUGAGUGGGGGCACAGCCAUCGCUGCCUCCUAACCCUGGGCUCACCUUCUGCCAAGACAGCCUGGUCACCUGUCAGCCUGGACUUCCUUUCUGGAGCUUAAAAAUCAGGAGAAUCAAAAAAAAAGUGCUAGGUUAGGGCUGUGCUGAUGGGAUUGUGGUGGGGUGGGAGAGGGAGGGUUGGGUUGGGUUUGGUUUGGGUUUUAACCUUGCCCCAGGUCUAGCUUUAUUAGUCCCCUUGCUUGUUCUCAGGCACUGCAGCAGGAAUCUGUCUAGUUUUGGGCUUUGUGACCUUGCCUGGGACUGUUGGGAAGUGCUGCCCCGACCCAGAGCCCCUAUCCCUGCUGGCAGGAGUAACCUGCAAGCCCAAGGCAUAGAGAAGUGGCACAUCCUGUGUUCCUCCUCAGGAGCACCUUGUUCCCUUCCCAAACACUUCGUGGGGAGAGCAGAGGAUCUGCUGAAGCCUUGCCUCGUGGAUCUGAGGCUGCUCCUGAGGGAGGAAGGCAGCAACUUCCCUGUCCUUGAGUUGCUUUUCAGUAAACUGAAGCCCUUCAGACCCAACUCCAGAGGUGCUCUGGGAGUAUCACUUGGGGCCAGUACUGCCCAGCAAAUUUCUCUACGGUUUUUAUACAGGUUUUUUUUACAGGAGUGUUUGUGGCUUUACGAAAAUGUAGGGAAUGAUGCAGCAAAUUUCCCUUCCUCUACACUUCAUGCAUCUCCUUCCUGUGAUGGCUGUAUCUGUUUUUUGGCAGAGGACUGGGUUUGUGGCAGCCUACAGCAAGCAGAGCCUCAUGGAAGGCUGAGGCAUUCCUGGUUAUGUGGUGCUGGGUGGAAGCAGAGGUGGAACUGCAGUGCUCUGCACUCAGCAUGAAGGGUGGAUGCUUCUCUGGUGCCUUCUGAUUGAUGCAGAAACAAUUUUUAGAAACACCUUUUUUUAAAAGAUAUUAAUCAACUCCCAGUCCCAAAACUUGUCUUCAGGUGUUUUUCCCUUCACUUUUCCACCUGCUCAACAGCUCCUGCAGGGACUGUGAGGCACUGGUUCAGGGUGGGAGUCUCCAGCUCUCUUACACUGUUAUUCAGAGCAGUUUGACUUGCAGGUGUUGAACUGCCUGUGAAUUUCCAAGAGGGUGAAGCAGAUUUGGGGCAGGAGAGGGAACGGGUUGCCCUCUUUCUCUCUGCCCCUCCUAUUGCAUCUCUCCAAAGAAGUGCAAAGUGGUUGCCCUCUCACCUGUGCAAGUGUAGAAACCAACCUUUGGCAGGUCAGGUAGACGUUGCUCUUUCUCCUUGUGCGUAGCUGGUGUGUGCUCAGUGUCAGCAGUUAGAAGCAGUUGGAUGCAGGCAGCAACCCAGUCCUAUCCUGCCCCAGUCAGGCCAGUACAGCCCACUGACUCCUGCAAAAUCAGAACUUGGACUGUUUUGCAAGAAGCUUCUGCCUACAUCCAGCUUUUGCAGAGGGGUGGGAGAGCUUGAGCCCCUUCCAUAAUGAGGGGGAAAACAUAGGGGUUAGUUGUGUCCUUUUGAAUGAAAUCUUAGCAUCUGGGAGGGGUUUUGUUCCACUGCAGGAACUGAACACAGGGUAAUGCUAGUCCUGGAGUUAGCUGGCUUGAACAAGAUGGAAACUGGGGCCGGGAGAAACCAGUCUCCCUGCAAAGCCUGUUGUUACCAGUGACCCUGAGCUACAGCUGCCAACAAAAGCACGGGGACCAGAAGAGACUUCCCUCCCCACUUUAUCUGGGGAAUAGUUGGUGAGCACCUAACUGCAAUGGCCAGCAGCUAGUGCUUUUCACCCUGCUGGUAGGCAGGGGGUCCCUUCUGCCCAGUGUCAGCAGUCAGAGGGGAGCUCAUCCUGUUGAGGGUGAGAGGUUGCUUUUUUUGAGUGUUUGAUCAGUGUAGAGGAUGCUCUGGUUGCAGCCACUGGUUUAGGCAGGCAUCCUGAGUGUGCAGAGCAGCUUUGGGUGGGUUUCAGUUGCCUGUUGGAAGUUUCCUAGCUUAUCAAUGAUCCUGAGUUUGGGAGUGGAUUACAUCCUCCUACGUUUUUCUCCUCUUAAGUGGCUUUCAUGCUGUCUUACUGGUCGUGGGCUUUUCCCAAAAUACAGAAACCCCUUACCUGUGGCAACCUGCACUGUGUUGCGUUUCCUCAGACCUGUGUCCAGCAGGUGGGAACCUUCGCGCUUUAGUAAAAGAGGAGGUGAGAUUCCUGGAACUGAGCCUGCUGAGGCUCCAUUUGGUCGGUAACAGGAUCACAGGAUGUUAGGGGUUAGAAGGGGCCUCCAGAGAUCGAGUCCAACCUUCCUGCCAGAGCAGGACCAUAGGUAAUGGUGAACUGAGUCCUGGGGGAUGAUCUGCAGGGAGUAUGGGCUGAAACCCUGGUAGGUAAUGGCAUGAUCUACAGAGGGUCCUAUCGUUGCUGAUGCUUCUCUCCCCUCCAAGGCAGAGGAUCUUUGCCCUGUAUUUUCUAUACUGUUUAUUUACUUUGCUGCCCAUCUGUCCCUACAACUUUUUUAUAUGUGUGUGUAUAUAUAUGGUAACCUCUUGUGUUUGCGGGUGGGAGGAAAUCUGUUCAUGGAUUAUGUGAAGAAAGUAUAUUUAUCCACAUGGAGUUUGGAGUAGGGAUGCUUUGUGAAAUGAGGUGCAACUGGUGGUGGGGAGGUUCCCCAGGGAACAUAUCUGCUGUCUGAAAAACCCUGUUCCAGGGCUCCUAAGCAUCUGUUACCUAAUAAAGGUGAACGUUACCACCA